AUGCUGCACUAUGCUGCCAUAGGUGGAAAUCUUGAGAUUGUGGAAUAUUUAUGCAAACAAAAUGUACCAUCUGAUGCCAGAGAUAAUUAUUGUAAAACUGCUUUCCAUCUUGCUGCAGAAUAUGGUAGAACAAGUAUUGUCGAGUUCUUUUUAAGUAAUCAUUUGAAUUUUAUCGAUCAGCAAACAGAAUUCAAAGAAACUUCGUUACAUUUAGCAGCUGGAAAUGGCCAUGCUGAUACUGUGGAAUGUUUACUUAAACAUAAAGCGAGCACAAGAAUAUUAAAUUGUGCCGACUUAGUAGCUUUGCAGAAAGCAGUUAUUGGUGGCCACAAGAGUGCCAUGGAACUCUUGCUAGGAAAAGAAGAUAAUUUUGACGUAAUAGAUAGCUUAAACUUACUUCAUUUAGCUUCAAAAUCACGCAAUCCUGACGUGGUAUUUUAUUUAGUUGGGAAGAAUGCUAAAGUUAAUUCAAAUGGCUAUGUGAAUGGAGAAACAGCGUUACAUUUGGCAGCACAAUGUGGUCACUUGGCCAUUGUUAAUAUUUUAAUUGAAAACAAAGCAAACGUUAAUUCUGUAAAUAAUAGAGGUUACACUGCUCUACAUUAUGCUGCAGAAAACGGUAAUGAUAAGAUUUUUAAAGCUCUCCUUAAGCAUGGCGCUGACAUAAAUGCUGUGGAAAUUAAUAAAUUUACACCUUUGCACUGUGCAGUCGAAAAUAAACACAAAAAAGUCGUAGACACUUGUUUAAAAAACGGCGCUAACGUAGAUUUAAAAACACAAAAACUCCUAACUCCACUCCAUAUUGCAGUUUUUCGGGGGAACUUAAAAGUAAUAAAUGCUCUUAUAAAAUCCGGGGUUCAACUAAACUGUAAGGACAUUGACGGUAAUACACCAUUACACUGUGCCGCAAUGAAAUCUUGUUUAACCAAAGAAAUAGCUGAGACUUUAUUAAAUAAAGGAGCACUGAUCAAUGUCAGGAAUAGUUCCAAUUUGACACCCCUUCAUUUAGCGUGUAUGGUAGGUAAUAUUGAUCUAAUAGAAUUAUUGGCAACAAGUGGAGCUGCGGUGGACGCAGCUGAUAACGAUAAUGAAACACCAAUGCAUAAAGCCGCAUUUAAAGGUAAAAUCGAUGCAAUAAAAGUUUUGGUAAGAAAUAAAGCUAAUGUCAACGUCAAAAACAAGCAAGGUAUAACUCCACUAUUUUUAGCUGCUUCAAAUGAUCAUUGCGAUAUAAUGGAAUACCUUUUUGAAAAUAAUGCCAAAGAAAAUAAAUGCAGUAAACCCGAUUUUAUAUCAAUAAAUUCAGCAAUAAUUAACGGUCAUGUUGACGUUGUUAAACUAUUACUACAACAUAGAUCAAAAAUUAAUGACAGAGGCAUGAAUGAAGGUUCUACUUUAUUUAUUGGCGUAGAAAAAGGAGACAUUGACAUUUUUAAGAUUUUAAUUGAAAAUGGGGCAAAUGUUAAUCCGAAAGGUAUGGGCGAUAAGUCACCAUUAUGUAAUGCCGUACAUCUUAAUCGCAAGGAAAUUGUUAAACUUCUUGUGUCCAACGGAGCGAAUGUUGAUGGUGAGAUUGGUGAACCACUCUAUACGGCAAUUUUUGAUGGUCAUAUUGAUAUUUUUGAAUAUUUGUUGAGUAAAAAUGCUCGCAUUACUUCUCAAAUAUGUGGAAAACAUGCAUUGCAUUUAGCGGUAUGUAGAGGUCAUAAGAGCAUAGUAAGUACUUUAAUUCGACAUGGCACAGAUGUAAAUUUUUGUGAUUUGAAUAAUCCAGACAAAAACAAAAGAUUUUCACCCUUACAUGUAGCAGUAGCAAUGAACCUUAACGAAAUCACAGAAAUACUGUUAGAGCAUGGAGCUAACAUUAAUGAGAAUAGUUGCGAUGGGACUCCUUUACACAUUGCUGUUUUUAAUAACAAUUUUGAUGUUGUAAAAUUGAUGGUAAAAAGUGGGAGAGCAAAAAUAAAUAUGAAAACAAAGGAUGAUUACACAAUAUUGCAUAUUGCAGCAGAGAAUGGUAAUUUGGAAAUGGUAAAAUAUCUCAUUGCCAAUGGUAGUAGCAUUGAUGCUAGAACUUCAAAGACGGGUUUAAAAGCCAUACAUUGUGCUGCGCAACACGGCUUCGUAGAUAUUGUAGCGCUUUUGCAUAAAACUGGCUCAAGUGUUAAUGAAAUCAACUUUAUCAACCAGACCCCAUUACACUUAGCUUCAAUGUUUGGACAUGUCAAAGUUGUUGAAUAUUUAAUUGCAAAUAAAGCUUGUAUCGAUGCACGAGCUUUUUUAGACACAACUCCAUUAUCCAUUGCUGUUCAAAAAGGUCACAUAAAUAUUGCUGAAUUACUUUUGAAAAAUGGAGCUAUGUACAAUGCCAUGGUUGCAGCAACUGACAACUUAUUUAAAGGUGUGAAGAUAAAUAAUCGAAGUUUUGUAGAAAACGCUUUAAAAGAUGGCGCAUUCAUCAACUCAAAAAAUUACAAGGGUUAUACUCCUUUAUGUUAUGCAUCACGCAAAGGAUUUAUUGAUAUUGUUAGAAUCUUACUAAAAAACAAAGCAAAUCCAAAUGCGCUCGACUUGAAUGGAUUGACUUCAUUGCAUUAUGCCCUUAAACUGUCUCAUAUUGAUGUAGUUAAAGUACUAUUAGAGAACGGUGCAUCAUACGAUCCUUUAAAAGAUAAACACAUAACUUCGAAAAAUUUAAUUGAACAUAAAGAUAUUGUUGAUUUAUUGUUAUUAAACCAGACUACACCACAAAAUCCACACACAAACCAAACGCAUGUAGAAAAUAAAGUAAGCUUUUUAAAGCCACAUUCAAGCCAAAAUGCAAUCAUAACCUUAACUCAUCCAGCACAAAAAAAAAUUAUACAAUAUGUAGCAAAUUAUGAAGACAUAAAAAAAGCAAUUACUAAUGAUAAUCUGGAGAUAUUAAAAGAAUUAAUGGCAAAAAAAUUAUAUGAUAUUGAAGUUGAACCUGACGGUAAAACGCUUUUACACUUUGCUGUUCAUAGUCAAAAAAUAAAUAUUGUAAAAUUUCUACUUGCAAAUGGAUUCGAUGUUAAUAAAUCAACAAACAAAGGGAAUACCCCAUUACACAUUGCUGUUCUCAAGAAUAAUAAAGAAAUUGUUAAAAUUUUACUACAAAACACAAAAAGUAGCGAGCUCAAAGAGUUUAUAAAUGCUAAAACCACGAUAAGUGGCGCUACAGCUCUUCAUGUAGCAGUAUCAAAGAAAGGUUCGCUGGAUAUUGUCAAAUUAUUGCUCAAAAAUGGUGCUGCUUAUGAUGCAACUAAUAAUAAAAAUGAAUCGCCAUUGGAAUUAUCAAUUGAUCCUGAUGUCAAAUCAGUUCUAAAGCUAAUUCAUGAUUUGAAUAUCUAUGUCAAAAGUGGUAGUUUAGAAGCCAUACAUAUCCUAAAGACAUUGAAGUAUACAUUAUUUUCAAUUGCAAUGAAUGCUCGGAAUGACCAAGGUUUUACAUUAUUAAAAAUUGCUUCUCUUCAGAUGAAUAAAACAAUUUAUGAUCUGUUGAUUCAAAUAUCACAAAUUCGAGAUUCAAAACAACUGUGAGACUAAAUAAUUGGUUGUUAAAUACAAGUUUAAUUUUAAUGUACAUGUAAUAAAUAAAUUGUGUAUUUGCAGACUUUAUAUCAACUUGAAUUUAAAAUAAAUGUUUAUUAUACUGCAGUUAUAUGUUAAAA